ACAUAAACACACUUUUUAAAUAUUAAACAUUAAAACUGUUGAAUCUCUUUACUUACGGCUGUCAUUAGCAUCCAUAGUGAUAAACCUAAAAAAAGUGUAGGAAGUGUACUGGAUUCAAACGUGUAGAGCAACUGUGAAAAAAACAAGGCCCCACCUAUCAAAAGGUCUAUAUUAAAAAAAACAGCACAGACAACUGAGGGCUUUUAAUUUUUUGGACAUCAAACUUUCCAGUUAAUAAGUUUAGCAUUUCAUAUUGUUUUUCACCUAAUUUAAUGACCAUGCUGAACUUAACUGAAAGCAACAAUCUGACCAACACUUUGUUGUAUCAUUUAAAACCAUUAAAUGAAAAGCCUUUGCUGGUGCAAGUUUUGGUUGGAUUACUUCUCUAUGUAAAUGGACUGAUGAUCUUCACAUUCCUGAAGAAAGAAGCCUUCUUGGAAGAAACACGCUACAUUUUAUUUGCUCAGACGCUUUUUGUUGACUCUUUUACUAUGUUGUUAACUUAUUUAACCUUGAUGGGAUAUUUUUAUCAAUAUCCAGUUCACAUUAUUCCAUGUUGUAUCAUCUGUACAGUUAUAUCUGUGUUUAAUAUUUGUACUCCUGUGACUCUUGUAGCGAUGUGUUUGGAGCGCUAUGUUGCUAUUUGUUUGCCUUUAAGACACUCCAGCAUUUCAACACCCAAAAACACCUAUAUUGGGCUUCUUGUGAUAUGGGCUGUCAGUUUUGUUUUACCACUGUUUACACUUAUAGUGUUUCUUGUCUAUGCUUCUCCUGUUGUCCUGCAAUCAUAUGUUGUCUGUAGCCUGGAGGUCAUGUUACAGGUAAAUUGGCUGGCAGACACGACGGCUGCAAGUCUACAGAUAUUAUUUAUCAUAAUGUUUUGUACUGUUGUCUCCACUUACAUUAAAAUUAUGAUUGCUGCCCGAUCAGCCACAUCUGAAAACAAAAAGUCAUCUAAGAGUCUCAGAACUGUAAUUCUCCAUGGUAUUCAGCUGUUUCUAUGUAUGCUGCAGUUUAUAACUCCUUAUAUAGAAAUGCCUUUAUGGAAAGUAGAUUUUAUGGUGUCAGUGAAUGUAAGAUACGCAGAUUACAUUCUGUUUGUUAUCUCACCUUGUUGUCUGAGUCCAUUAAUUUAUGGAUUAAGGGACAAAAAGUUUUGUAAUGCUCUGAAACAUUAUGCCUUUUGUGGCUUUGCUGUGGUUAAUCGGCACAAAAUACGGCAUGUUAAAACAAUCCCAUUAGAGGUGUAUUAAUAAAGGAUGGAUUUAUAAUGUACUGCUGACGUAAAAUAACAUGAAUGCUUAAAACUGAUCUUAAAUAAAAACAAUGUACUUUAUUUCAAGUACUUUAAGGACUUGGACUUAACUUG